GUUAUUCUAACCAAAUAGUUGACAGGUGAUGUGAGUCGAGUGUGUGAUAAUUAGGAAAAUAACGAAAAGCAUACGAUGUCUAUCGUACUCGGUGGUGGAAUUAGCGGUUUAUCGGCGGCAUACUAUCUACUCAAACAGAGCAAUCAUGCGCCAAAGCUAUUUGAGGCAAGCAGCCGAUUUGGUGGAUGGAUCAAAACAGAGGUCUCACCAGCUGAUCAGAAAGUACGUUUCGAGUGCGGUCCAAGAACGUUGCGGCCAAAAGGUGUGAAGGGAUUGAACACUCUUGAACUUUGUUCAGAGUUGGGUCUGAACAAUGACAUCGUGCCGAUUACAUCAAACCAUCCUGCAGCAAAAAAUCGUCUGUUAUCCGUUAAAAAUGAAUUGCAUGUGCUACCAGCAAGUAUUACUGGAAUGUUUCGAACAGUGCCACCAUUUACAAAGCCGCUGAUUUAUGGUUUGGUCCGUGAUUUUAGUCGAAGUUAUGCCGGUCAACCACUCAACGAUGAUACGAUUUAUAAUUUCGUCGAACGCCGAUUUGGCACCGAAAUCGCUAAAUAUCUGGUCAGUUCGAUGAUUUGCGGCAUUUGUGCCGGCGAUGCAAAAGAAAUAAGUGUAAAGUUUUUGCUCAAGGAUUUGUUUGAGUAUGAACAGGAGCAUAAAUCAGUUGUAAUGGGCAUUUAUAAGAAGACCCUUGAGCGAAUGUCAAAUAAAAAUGCUGGCAAAAAACCGACUGAACAUUGUAACUUGUCGAAAAGAUCCAUGAUGGAACUAUGGAGUAUUUAUUCGUUGAACGAUGGUCUGGAGAAAUUGCCGAAGACUCUAUCGCAUCAUUUGGAAUCAAAUGGUGUGCAAUUAAGCACAAACGCCAAAUGUGAGCACAUUGAAUUUGGCUCGAAUGGUGUAAAUGUUACGAUCAAUGGAAAGGGCUAUGACACAGAUAAUUUAGUCAGCAGUCUACCGGCAUUUGAAAUUGGAAAAUUGGUACAAAAACAACAUCCAGAACUAGCUGAUGACCUGCUUGCCAUUCCAUAUGUUGACGUGGCUGUGGUGAAUUUCCAAUUUACGGGAAAUAAUUUGCUAGAGAAACCUGGUUUUGGAUUCUUGGUUCCACCAGCUGAAGAUCUGCCAAUAUUGGGUGUGAUCUACGAUAGUUGUUGCUUUGACAUGGGCGAAAACACUGUUCUAACUGUUAUGAUGGGUGGCAAAUGGUUCCGUGAACGAUUUGGCAAUGGCGAUGAACAGGAUUUGUAUGAGAAGGCCAUCGAACAAAUUCGGAAAAUUUUGAAUAUUCAACAAAAGCCAGACGCAUUCAAAGUGAAUAUUUUGAGACAGUGCAUUCCACAAUAUCUCGUGGGUCACUUUGAGCGAAUUGAACGGAUCAACAACUAUAUCGAUCAACAUAAGAUCCCAUUGAAACUUUGCGGCUCUGCAUAUGAUGGUGUCGGUGUGAAUGAUGCAAUUUACUCAGCAAAAGUAGCAGUCGAAUCGAUUGCUAGAUAAUUUUCAUUUCUUCAAACAAAAUGUUCAAACUCUUGAGUUCAUUGGAUAUAACGUGUUGAUAAAUGGUUUUAUUCUAUUACAAACAUUACACUUAAAACGAGUAGUUUAAAUAAAUGGUUAUGAUAAAAAUAUCACAA